UAUCUGCCUAUUAUUCUUCCUUCAACUGUUGCAUUGAUGUAUUUGUGUGUGGAGGAUGAUGAGGCCCUUGGGGAAAAAUUUAAUUGAAAUCUUCCAUUGCAUUCUGACCAGCUACCUUUUGUUACGUUAGCUGGAUGGUUAAAUGUUUAUUGUCAGUUACAGCUACACAGUAUGAGAAAUUAAAUUAAUAUUUGUAUGGUAAAUAUGAGGGCAGGAGUAUAUGCAUAGUCUGAUAACACCCCAAACAACAAAUUUUUGUUGUACUUCUCUUGUUCUUUGCCAAGGACACAUGGUAAUGAAACGCUUAAGUCAUAAUUCAGAUACAGUUUAUAUAUUGUUAUGUCAAAACAUUUAUUUCCUGUAGGAACAGUUAUUCAAAAUAACUUGUGUAAGUAACCUUUACCUCGGACAGACGGACCUAACAGAAAGCAACAGAGUAUAGGACCGAAUGGAAGAGGAGAAUUGAGGAGGCCAUGGACCGAAUAUGGACCAGAGAGCCAUAAAAGAAGAAGAAGAAGUAACCUUUAAUACAGUCAAUUUUAAAGAUUACUGACAUUGGUGUGUUACAAUUGGGAUAACUAAAUUCUUGGACUAUGUCCAUCAUCUGUGUUUUAAAGAGAAUGCUACGUUUCGGAAGCUGUAUCUGCUUCAUCCUUAAGUUGAAAAGGAGGAGAGUUACACCUACUCAGUUGGGUGUGUUAGAAAGAGCUAACCUCAAUCCCCCUUCCUAUGUACAGUUGUGCAGUUACUACAAAAUUUGAUAUUCAAGAGAAAAAAUAGAUAGCCUUGUAAUGUCAUAUUUAUUCAGCUUUGGAAACAUGCAGUGUGUGUACAUUAACCAAAACUCAAACAAUUUUUUUAUGUAAUUCUUUUUAUACACCUCAGAUAUGUACCACCUGUACAUCUCUUUCUAGGAGUUUCAUAGAGUACAAUGAAAAAACGAACAGAAUCAUUUCCCAUUUUUAAUAGCCGUGCCUCAGAUUUUUAAAAAAAUAAUUUAUUUCCGAAUUAAAGUAAUAUAAAUGUCUAAAACAUCGUAUUUGCCUUCUGGCUUAUCUUUCAAUGUUUUGGAGGUUCUACAGUAAGCAUAAUGACGACUGAGCUACCGCCGUCAAAGUCUUGGUAUUUAUAUACCCAGGAAAGAUGGCAGCACAAUAACGCAAUGUGUAUAACCAAAACAUUCACUUAUUGCUAGGUCGCUCGUUGGUGUACAGAGAUUUUUAUGGUGUUAAUGUUAAGUAGUUUUGGUGGGAAUACGUUAUAGGGUUUAUUUACCAUACGCUGGAAGUCAAAGAAAUGCAGUGUCAGUAUCAUGUAAAAAGGAAAAACAGGUUGUGUAAAAUGACCGUUAAAGAAGGUGAAAAGUUUUGUGGUCAACACAUGGUUUUUGACAGCAGUACCGAUAGUAAUGAUAAUUCAAAAGAAAUUAAGCACACGCGAGUGGAGUGUCCUUAUGACAAUAAACAUACAGACCGUGUACCUCCAAUUGAAAGGGAGAUCUUACAUCAUGUGGUAUUAUCGGAGGAGUUGAAAAAUUCCAGUUAUGGACCAAAUAAAAUGAAGCAUUUGCUCCAAAACUCCUCAUUAUUGGGACAUGCUGAAAAAUCUGGUCUGCUUCAUCAAAAUACUGUGUUUAUUGAAUUUGGUGCUGGAAGGGGCCAGCUUAGUUAUUAUAUCGCAAAGACGAUGCAGGAAGACAAUAGCUGCUUGUUGCUUCUGAUUGAUCGUGCCAGUCAGCGCCACAAAUUUGAUAACAAACUCAAAGAUUCUUCGACACUUUGCAAACGUAUUCGCGCAGACAUAUCAGACCUUUGUCUAGAAUUUAUUCCAAUUUUACACCAAUACAAGAGGAUAGUGUCCCUUGGGAAACAUCUUUGUGGAUCAGCUACAGACCUUGCAUUACGGUGCGUGGUUAAUUGUAACGAAGUGGAAGAGGGGAGAAGUGUUACCGCUGAUGGAAUUCUCAUGGCACUGUGUUGUCAUCAUCGCUGUGACUGGAACUCAUAUACUGGCAAAGAUUUCAUGUUGGCUCAGGGUUUCACAGCUGAUGAUUUUGAUGUAAUGAGUGGAAUAACAAGUUGGGCGACUUGUGGGCCUGCAUACAGUAGAGAAAUGUCGAUCCCUGAAGAAUAUGGUAGUCAUGGCCACGUACAAAGACCUACCCACUUAAUUCCAACUGAUGACGAAAGAAAGAUAAUUGGAAGGAAAAGUAAAGCCAUAUUUAAUUAUGGACGGCAAAUGUAUCUUGAGAGCCAUGGCUACAAGUGCAGACUGAUUGAAUAUGUUACCGAGGAGACAUCACCAGAGAAUGUUUGCGUACUGGCACAGAGGGUUAUUCCACAUUCAACACCCCAAGUAUCACUUUAAACAUCAUCAUUUGAUACGUACAAAGAUAUUUAUGUUUGAUUAUAGGAUUUGAGGUUUUUAUGAUGAUUUUAACAUAGAAAAAGUCAAGUAAGGUAGUUAUCAGUACAACAUACAACCAUAAUACUUCAUGGGACUAUAACUCGGAAAACCAUUAUCUACUACUGACUACUCGGCUGUCUAGGAUUUGUUCUGUUGUUAAGUAACUAAAUAUUAAUUUGUAUUAUUGCAAUAAAAUUGUUGUAUAAUAUUUAA